ACCAGGGCCAUAAUGAACCUGUUCAGGAAGGAUGCCAUGACCUCGAAGAAGGACAAAGAGAAAGAGAUCCAGUAUGAGGACCCUCCAGAUGGAGGCUGGGGCUGGAUGGUCGUGCUACAUUGCUUCCUGGUAAAUGUCCUCGUUAUGGGCACCCUAAAGAGCUUUGGGAUCUUCUUUGUGGCGUUCCAAGAUGAGUUUGGUGGCUCAGCAGAAAGUAUCAGCUGGAUCGGUUCCAUCAUGUCAAGUCUGCGUCUGUCUGGAGCGCCCCUCGCCUCUGUGGCAUGUGCCAAGGUGGGAGCCAGAGUGACCUCGAUCACCGGUGCAGUGCUGGUUAGCGGAGGCUUCCUGUUGAGUAUAUUCGCCAACAGCGUGGUAUUCCUCUACAUCAGCAUGGGCGUGAUAGUUGGAAUGGGGUUUGCACUACUGUAUCAGUCCUUCUCAGUGGUCACAGCACUGUACUUCAGAAAAAGGUUAGCAACGGCAUAUGCUAUUGGACGCUCUGGUAUGGGUUUGACCUUUGCUCUCGCUCCCUUCACUCAGCUCCUUCUGGACCGGUAUGCUUGGCAAGGAGCCAUGUUGAUUCUCAGUGGUCUCAUGCUGAAUCUGGUGGCCUCUGGCAUGCUGCUGCGACCCAUCAAUGUAAAGCCACCUGUUUCAAACCCUACCUCCUCUGACAUCCAAAAGAGUCCUGCUGUUUCUCUCAAGAGCUCCUCGGAGAAGGAGUACUCCAAGAACUGUUUGAAUGGGUCCACUCACGUUUCCAAUGGCGUCUCCAAAUCAGACUGUCUUCAAUCCCCUCCUCCCUCUCAUAGGGACACCGUGAAUGUGGGGGGGCAAUGUACUCAGGGACUCCAGGACCAGUCAGUGAACCCUGAACUGACCAGACUGGUCCUGAAUGGAGUAAAUGGCCAUGAGCCCCAUCAUGACCUGGGUCAGUGUAAACCCACAACUCCAGAUUGCUCAGCGGAGCUCAAUGGCAGUAUGAAUGGGUCCACGAUUGUUGGAUUUUCCUCACAUGCAAGCUCGCCAAGUGAGGUGACUGUCACAAAAGCCAAAGUACUGGAUUUCUCUUUGCUGAAGGACCCUUUCUUUUGCAUAUACACUUGGUCUUUGGUCUUCAGUCAGCUUGCCUACUUUAUUCCCUAUUUCCACCUGUCUGCCCGAGCCAGAACCCUGGACAUUGAUGCCAUGGAUGCUUCCUUUAUCAUCUCUGUCGCAGGUAUCACAGAGACCAUCGCCCAGUUGGCCUCGGGCUGGGUGACAGACAGGAAUCUUUUCCACAAGUACCAUUUCCACAAAGCCUACCUGAUCCUGUGUGGCUUGGUCAACCUGCUUUCCCCACUGGCAACUUCUUACAUGCUGCUGAUGGUCUACGCAGUCUUUUUCGCCAUCUUCUGUGGUGGCUACAUGGCUCUGCUGCUGCCUGUUUUGGUAGAUCUCGUGGGGUCGGAGAAGCUCAAUAACUCCAUGGGCUUCUCAAUGUUCUUUGUCGGCCUGGGCUGCCUCACGGGGCCUCCUUUGGCAGGGUUCUUAUAUGAUUACACUCAGACCUACGACUGUUCCUUCUACCUGGCGGGGCUCUGCUAUCUACUCUCCUCCCUGUCUCUGUUUAUGGAGCCGCUGGCUCAGCGCUGGAAGGCCAAGAGGAAACUGUCCCAGGCCAAAAGAGCAGAAAGCAGCUGUAAGACCAAUGGCUGUUUCACCCCUGACCGCCUGCAGAACGGCGCUGUGUAGGAAUUAACUCCAGGGUUCAAUCCGGAACCAACGCGCUCACGAUGACAGACCUGCCCACUGUUCACCUUGGACUCCAGCUUGAAGUCGGGACCUCGUCCG